AUGAGCACAUUACAAAAUAAAGGAUCAGUAUUAUUACCAACUGAUUCAUCAGCACGCGUAUUGGAGUUGGCUUAUCUUUUAGAUCAACAUUGGGCUUUUCAUCAGUUGUCAUAUCCACUUAUCUUGUUAACUCAUCAAAGUUACCGUACAAUCCAGUACACUAAAAGUAUGCUAGAAUGGAUGGGUGAUGCUAUCAAAAGACAUUUUGACACAAAAAGAGAAACCCCUUUGGAAUUGGGGUAUCUAAAAUUAUGUCAUAGAUAUAAAGAUCUUGCAAAAUAUCCGGGACCAAAAGUGGUACUUGCAAGUAAUGUUAGUUUAGAAACAGGUAAAUUUAAAUCCGUCACAUUUAGUCAGACAUGUUUGUUGAUCUUGCUUGAGGCAAAUCAAAAAAUAUUACAACUUAUGGAAAAACGGUGA